AUGAGUUCAAAGACACAGGGAGCCAAUCCUAAGGGAAUUUCGCAAGUAUUCCAAACCCUUCAAGCGCUGUUGGUUUCUCAUUAUUCACAUCGAUUAGAUUCUGACACUUCUGUCAAAAAGACGCUAGUUGACGUACAUGUUUAUAACUUCAUCGCCAAAUUCUUAUUUAAUAAAAUUCUAUUAAAGAAAAACCAUAAUGAUCCCAAAUGGGUUCGAAAUUUCUACCACCAGGAAAACAAUAACCCUCCAAAUGACGAUGUGGACUGCGAGAUUUUGUGUUCGUUGCACUUCACCACAGUUUAUUCUAUUAUUAACAUUCAACUGAUCAAAAUCAAGACAAAUCAAACACUUGAACCCCAGCUUUCAGAAUACAUCUCGAUCUUGAAACUUAUUGAACACAUGUUUGCCAUUAUCGAAAGCCUAAUUCAUGUGCUUAUUAGACUUAUAUCCAGGCAUGAACAAGUAAGCAUCAACAGAAAGAGAGCUUAUUGUCAAGUGUAUCUUGAGAGAGAAUUGAGUUUGAAGAAAACUUAUCUAAGGGGCUUUUACAAUACAGUAAGUGCUAUUCCAAAAGAAGAACUGCAAGGUCUCUUAAAAAUGGUCAAGAUAGUUAUUCUAUCUUUACUCGAAGCCUUAGAAAGGAUUGAGUGGAAAUAUUUCGCGGCUUUUUUGGAAAAGUUCCCUGCAUAUGAGAUAUCAUUACAAAAAAAAAGAGCGUACAUACAGGCUGCUCUAUUGGUUACGGCCGAAAGAAAUUUGAUUGCUCGUUUUCGAUUGUCAUGCUGUUUUAAUAAAACAACUGGUACUUAA